AGGUGGCUGGCUAGAGAGGACUUCCUGCCGUGUUGUGUUUUGCAGGCAUGUGGAGUAGCGUGUCCUCCUCUUCCUGGUUGGGCUUCUUGGGGAACUCCUGCCUUUGGCUUUUCUUUCUUGGAGGUUUUUAGAGGGAAAGGAGAGAGAUCUGAGCCAGAGUUCUUGGAUUGAGAUGGAAGAAACUGGAGGGAGAAAGUUCUCCUGACAGAAAUCUCCAUGCAGAUGUUUACAUUGCUACAGUAGAGUCUAGCAUUUCCCACCUUUUCAGGCCACUAUCCAAACAUGAAAAUGGAGACCCAAGAAGACCUUACAAGUCAUAUACCAGGGCAGGUGCCACGGGAAGUGAGAGGAAGCUGCCAUGUUGGGACAACGGAGGCAUCCCUGCAAAGGGGACCAGCAGAGGUGAAACAGGAGCCCAUCAAAGACUUGCUUUUGCAGUGGGAAACCCAAUAUCUGGAGUUUCUGAAGAGCGUGGAAGGCCUUCACCCAACCUGGGGGACCUCUGAGUCAAGGGAGGAGCCAUGGGACGACGCCAAAGCCUUCCUGGCCUCCUUUGAGCAAGUGGCCCAAGCCUGCCGGUGGCCCAAGGAAGAGUGGGUGCCCUGGCUCCUGCCAGCAUUGAGCGGAGAGGCCAAGCGGGCCUUCACCGGCCUGAAGGCCGAAGGCAGGGAGGAUUAUGGGAAAGUGAAAGUCGCCAUCCUGCACAGGGACACCAUGCGUCGGGAGGAGCAGCGACAGUGUUUCCGGCGUUUCCGCUACCAAGAGGCCGAGGGGCCGAGAGGGGCUUACGGCCAGCUUCAGGAACUGUGUUGUCGGUGGCUGAAAGCUGAAAGACAAUCGAAGGAGCAGAUCCUGGAGCUGCUGAUCUUGGAGCAGUUCUUGGCUGUCCUGCCUCCAGAGAUAGAGGCCUGGGUCAAGGAAUGUGGUCCAGAGACUUGCGCCCAGGCGGUGGCCUUGGUGGAGGACUUCCUCCAGAAGCAGGAAGAGGAAGAGGCCAGGAGGCAGGCAAACCAGGUGAGGACUGUUCAUUGGGUUCCAGGCUUCCCAAAGGAGAUGAAACAGGAGCCCAAUAAAGACUCUCUUCAGCAGUGGGAAAUCCAAUCACAGGAGUUCCUGAAGAGCAUGGAAGGUCCUCCCCGGGGAGCCUCUCAGUCGAGGGAGGAGCCGUGGGACGACGCCAAAGCCUUUUUGGCCUCCUUUGAGCAAGUGGCCCAAGCCUGCCGGUGGCCCAAGGAAGAGUGGGUGCCCCGGCUGCUGCCAGCAUUGAGCGGAGAGGCCAGGCGGGCCUUCACUGGCAUGGAGACUGAAGACAGGGAGGAUUAUGGGAAAGUGAAGGCUGCCAUCUUGCAUGUAGAUGCCAUGCGCCAGGAGGAGCAACGGCGAUGUUUCCGGCAUUUCUGCUACCAGGAUGCCGAGGGGCCGAGAGGGGCUUACGGCCAGCUUCAGGAACUGUGUUGCCGGUGGCUGAAAGCUGAAAGGCAUUCAAAGGAGGAGAUCCUGGAGCUGCUGGUCUUGGAGCAGUUCUUGGCCAUCCUGCCUCCAGAGAUAGAGGCCUGGGUCAAGGAAUGUGGUCCAGAGACUUGCUCCCAGGCGGUGGCCUUGGCGGAGGACUUCCUCAAGAAGCAGCAAGAGGAAGAGGACAGGAGGCAGGCAAACCAGGUGCUGUUAGAGGAAGAGGAGAGAGUGAGUUCCCCUGAAGCUGUCCAAGCCCUGCCUGAGAUGGAGGAGGAGGAGAAGCUUCGUAUGGAGAUCAAAGAGGAAGAUAACGACAGGGAUGCCGGACCCUUGGGUGAUGAGUGGAAAAGUGAAAAUGAGAGACAAUUGGGUGAGGAUUCCUCAAAAAGAAAAGACUGUGAAGCAUUAGAGGAGAAUGUUUGGAGCCAAGAUGGGCCAGUGGGCCAAGACGGAAGCCACACAGAAGAGACUGAAGCCAAUUCCUUCCCGUUUCAUGUUGGAGACUUCCACAUAAUCUCGGUCCAGCAGGAAAGUGAGAAAGAAAAAAAGGGAAUUGCUUUCCCCAAGGUUCAUUGGAGAAUUCACCCUGAGAAUGAAUCAGAUUUAAUGCUUGCAAAGCCUUUCAAUCAGAGUGGAAACUUCAUUGAAUGUGAAAUGCUUUAUGAAAGGUCAAGUUCCGACAUAUACGUAAAUCAAAGUAUUUCUGCAGAUGAAAGACAGUGUAUGAUUUCGGAUCUUGGUAAGAUGAAGCAUCCAGGGAUUCAAAAAAAGGAGAAGCUGUUUAAAUGUUUGGAGUGUGAGAAAUCCUUUGGUCGGCGGGACCAUCUCUUGACACACCAGAUAAUCCACACUGGGGAGAAGCCGUAUCAGUGCUUGGAGUGUGGGAAAUGCUUUGGUCGGAGUGCCCAUCUCAAGUCACACCAGAUAGUCCAUACUGGGGAGAAACCCUAUAAAUGUACACAGUGUGGAAAGAGUUUCAGCCAGCAUGGAAGCCUUAGCAUCCAUCAGCGGAAGCACACUGGGGAGAAGCCAUAUCAGUGCUUCAAGUGUGGGAAAUCCUUUGGUCGGAGGGACCACCUCUCGACGCACCAGAUUAUCCACACUGGUGAGAAGCCAUAUCAGUGCUUGGAGUGUGGAAAAUGCUUUGGUCGCAGUGCCCAUCUCAAGUCACACCAGAUAGUCCACACUGGGGAGAGACCCUAUAAAUGUACACAGUGCGGAAAGGGUUUCAGUGACCGAGGAAAACUAAACAUCCAUCAACGGAUGCACACAGGAGAGAAGCCGUAUACCUGCUCCAAAUGUAGCAAGAGCUUCCGCAACCAGUCCACGUUUGUCAAACAUAAGAGAAUCCACACUAAAGAGAAACCGUACACCUGUUUAGAUGCGGGAAGGACUUUGGCCAAAGUAACAGGCUCUUAUGGCAACAGUGAUCUAGGCAUGUGGGAAAAUAAAAUGAUGGAGUUUAAGGCAAUAUUCACAGCAAAUAAGUGGCUUCUUUGGGAACUCCUGCUUUUGGCUUUUCUUCUUGGAGGAAAAGGAGAAAGAUCUGGGCCUGAGUUCUUGGAUUUGGAUGGAAGGAACUGGAGGGAUGAAGAACGGAGGGUCGUGAAGGCCAGCACUCUAUCGGGCCAAGAGGACCGGAGCGCAGGGAGCGUAGACCAGGAGGCGGAGGUGGGCGAGCGGGCGAGCACUGUGAACGCCGCCGCCAUUGCAGCGCCAUUGCAGCGUGGCUCCCUGGAACGCGGAGACGCGGAAAUUCAUUCAAUUGACGGGGAGCUUUGCCACCGGGAGCGGCGAUUUCUGUUGCCCGGCCACCGCUGGGUGACCCUGCCGCUGAACCGCUGGAGGACCUCCGGGCCGCCUGAUAACCCACCGCCGCCGCUGCCGCCGCGACUGUUUGCGGCCGUCGUCACCGGCUUCGCACCACCGCUGCGGCUGCUAGUGGAGUGCUGCCGGGCCACCGUGGAACUGCUGGACCGAGCCGCCUGUUAUAGUCGUCUUGGGCACCUCGCCUCUCCAUCGCGACUGUCGUCCCACUGUUACCGCUGCAGCGACCGGUAUUGUCUGAGGAUGAAAAUGGAGACCCAAAAAGACCUUACAAGUCUUAUACCAGAGCAAGGGUCAUGGGAAAUGAAAGGGAGCUGCCGUGUCGGGACUACAGAGGCAUUCCUACAAAGAAGACCAGCAGAGGUGAAACAGGAGCGUGACAAAGACUCACUUCAGCAGUGGGAAACCCAAUGGCAGGAGUUCCUGAAGAGCCUGGAAGGCCCUCACCCAAACUCAGGAAUAUCUGAGUCGAGGGAGGAGCCGUGGGACGACACCAAAGCCUUCCUGGCCUCCUUUGAGCAAGUGGCCCAAGCCUGCCGGUGGCCCAAAGAAGAGUGGGUGCCCCGGCUCCUGCCAGCAUUGAGCGGAGAGGCCAAGCGGGCCUUCACUGGCCUAGAGGCCGAAGGCAGGGAGGAUUACGAGAAAGUGAGGGCCGCCAUCUUGCACGGGGACGCCAUGCGACGGGAGGAGCAGCGGCAGUGUUUCCGACAUUUCCGCUAUCAGGAGGCCGAGGGGCCAAGAGGGGCUUACGGCCAACUUCAGGAACUGUGUUGCCGGUGGCUGAAAGCUGAAAGGCAUUCGAAGGAGCAGAUCCUGGAGCUGCUGAUCUUGGAGCAGUUCUUGGCCGUCCUGCCUCCAGAGAUAGAGGCCUGGGUCAAGGAAUGUGGUCCAGAGACUUGCUCCCAAGCGGUGGCCUUGGCUGAGGAUUUCCUCCAGAAGCAGGAAGAUGCCAGGAGGCAAGCAAACCAGGUGCCGUUAGAGGAAGAGGACACAGUGGGUUCCCCUGAAGGUGGCCAAGCCCUGCUUGAGAUGGAGCAGAAGACGUUUAGUGUGGAGACCAAACAGGAAGAUAACUGUGGGGAUGCUGGACCCUUGGGUGAUGAAUGGAAAAGUGAGAAUGAGGGUCAACUAGGUGAGGGUUCCUCAGAAAGGACAGAGGGUGAAGCAUUGGAGGAGAAUGUUUGGAGCCAAGAUGGGCCAGCGAGCCAAGACGGAAGCCACACAGAAGAGUCGGAAGCCAAAUCCUUCCCAUUGCAGGUGGGAGACUCCCAAGAAAUCUCAAUCCAGCAGGAAAGUGUGAAAGAAAAAAAGGGGGUUGCUUUCUCCAGUGUUCAUUGUAGAAGUCGCCCUGAGGACGAAUCAGAUUUAAUGCUUGCAAAGAUCUUCAGUGAGAGUGGAAAACUGACUGAACAUGAAACGUUUUCUACAGGGACGAGUUCCAACAUGUACAUGAAUCAAAGUAUUUCUGUAGAUGAGAGACAGUGUAUGAAUUCGGAUCUUGGUAAGAUGAAGCAUCCAAGGACUCAAAGAGGGAAGAAGCUGUUUAAAUGUUUGGAGUGUGGGAAGUGCUUUGGUUGUAAGUCCUACCUCUCUUCACACCAGAGAAUCCACACAGGAGAGAAACCGUACCAAUGCUCCAAAUGUGGGAAAUGCUUUGGUCGGAGUGCCCAUCUCAAGUCACACCAGGUAAUCCACACCAAGGAGAAACCGUACAAAUGUACAGAAUGUGGAAAGAGUUUCAAACGCCAUGGAAGCCUUCGCUUACAUCGACAGAUGCACAGUGGAGAGAAGCCAUAUCAAUGCUUGGAGUGUGGGAAAUGCUUUCAUCAGAGCUUCAAUCUCAGGCAACAUCAAACAACCCACACUGGGGAGAAGCCGCACCAGUGCUUGGAGUGUGGGAAAUCCUUCAGUCGGAAGAUCUUCCUGAAGUCACACCAAAUCAUCCACACCGGAGAGAAGCCAUACCAAUGCUCCGAAAGCUUCAACUCGAGCGCCAACUUGCAUAGGCAUCGGGAGACUCACAAAGCAGAGAAACCACACCGCUGCCUGUAUUGCAGCAAAAGCUUCACCAACAAGUGCAAGGUCAUUGAGCACGAAAGAGUGCACACGGGGGAGAAACCCUAUAAAUGUACAGAGUGUGGGAAAUGUUUCAGAUACCAAGGAAACCUUAGCGUCCAUCAACGGAUACACACAGGGGAGAAGCCGUUUUCCUGCUCCGAAUGUGGCAAGAACUUCCGCGACCAGUCCUCGUUUGUCACACAUAAGAGGAUCCACACUGGAGAGAAACCAUACAUGUGUUCAGAGUGCGGGAGGAGCUUCAGUCAAAGGGCCAACAUGACUGUACAUCAGAGAACCCAUGCCAAGAGAACUAGCUGCAAAAAACGCAGCAAUUGCUGAAUCCUGGUGUGGCUGUGUUGGUCUUUUCUCCCUGCCCAACAAACAAUCCAAUGUCCUCUUUAAAAUAAAUAC